AUGGCCGAAUCUCCAUCGACAUCGAAACCGUCAGACUCAAUCACCCAUAACAUCGAUAACACCGAAAAACUCGCACAAGCAAACGUCCAUCUCCCCCGCAUCUCAAUCCAGUUCUGCACACAGUGUCGAUGGAUGCUCCGCGCCGCAUACUUCGCCCAAGAACUCCUCUCAACAUUCAGCACAGACCUGGGCGAGGUAGCCCUCGUCCCGAAAACCGGCGGCGUCUUCACGGUGACGAUAUGGCAUGGUAUGAUGGUUGAAGGGGAGAUCACUACGCAGGAGAGUAUUCUGUGGGAUCGAAAGAGGGAUGGGGGAUUUCCUGAAGUCAAAGCGCUCAAGUCACUUGUGCGGAAUGUUAUUGCUCCUAAUAGGGAUUUGGGACAUACGGAUCGGGCAUUGAAGAAGGAACAGGGUGAGCAAACGGCGGCAAAGAAAGAGGAGGAGAAGGAGGGGAGUAAGGAUAAGGCAGCCUGUGAGGAUUGUCAGUAG